AUGGAGUGGCUCCAAGACCCUCUGAGCUGCGUGUUCCUGGUCACGCUGGCCGUGGUGCUCCUGCAGCUGCGACGGCGGGGCAAAGCGCCGCUGCCGCCUGGCCCGAAGCCGCUGCCGAUCGUCUACCGCUCACUUAUCAGCGGCAACAGUGGAAAAUAA